CGAAGACCGAACGCGAGAAGAAAGGGGAACACCAUCUUCACGUUCCCGCGACCGAUUCAGUACACGCCGUAGCCGCUUCCCAUGCACCACGUCCCCCGCUGACCGCUACACGGCACGUCGCGAUGCGAAUUUCAGUGUGCACACGCAGCAGCCGACGUCCAGUGUUCUAGUGUCGAUAGUGUUAGAGUGUCCCCCAGGAGUCAGUGGGACCUUUUGGACCCCGUGAAGAUGGCGACCAAGAAUUUUUGUGUUGUGUUGUUUGUGGUGUUGUUGACGUUAGACGGACCGUACGCCUUGGAAUGUCCGCAGGGUUCCGUACAUUGCUCGAACGAUACCGAAAUCACACCCGAUUUGGAAUCGACCCAAACCUCAAAACCGGCCAGUACGCCACUGGCCUUGAGCAUGGUGGACGAGGAUCACACCGAAGCCACCACACCAAGCCAAAAUGUCUCGAAUUCUGUCAAAACCGAUGUGCCUAGAGGAAGAGCUCUUAAUUUCACCUCUAACGUCUUAAGCAAUGGCGUAUCAACAUCCAACACCUCAUUCCACAACAAGGACAUGGACGAUCUGAGCGACGUGACCAUAAACGAAGAAGAAGAAGAAAUGCAUAUACCCAACAUUCCCUCUAUGCUCACUCCUUCAAACGGUUCAUGUACAAAGGGUGGUUUCACUUACCACGAUGGAGAGAGGGUUGAAACAGACUGUGAUACGGUAUGCACUUGUGACAAGGGCGUCAUGAACUGCAGGGAUAGGUGCCAAGAACCACUCUUCCGGAGAGGAAGGAAAAUAAACGACCCCAUGUGUCAGGAGAAGUCCACUGAUGACCCGUGUUGUGGGAUAUUGGUUUGCGCAAAUUCUGCUACGGAACCCUCGAUAGUUUGUCAUGAUGGCAAUAAGACCUACACCAAAGGGGAUACUUUCCACAGAGGAUGUGAAGAAACAUGCACCUGUGAAAAUGGUGGUAAUGUUGUUUGUAAACCAAGAUGCCAACCACGCAACACGGACAACAACAUCAAAUGCGUCGAAGUACAAGACCCCGAAGACUCAUGCUGCAAGAAACUCCUAUGCGACGUCACCUUGAACGAGAACGAAUCCGAAGUGGGCCUCAAGAUCACCAGCGCCAAAUACCUAAACUCCUCCAUGAUACGCAUCAAAUUCGAGCCAAAGCUGGAGGAAAACGACUCCUCGCCAAUCGUCGAACUGGGCGAAGACGACAAGACCUGGCAGGCCUACAAGCUCCUACCUGGGGGCUUCCUACCGGUCCAAAACCACUCCAAGUUCUCCUUCAUCCGCCUCGAAGGGACCAACGAGGUCCUGCCGCUAGAGGGCGCCGAGGUCUCGGAGUUCGACAAGGACAGCCAAAGCUGCGCCUACAAGGGCAGAACGUUCAAGUUGAACGAAGAGUUCAACGACAACUGCACCCAGCUGUGCUCCUGCAAGAAGACGGGGAUGGUGUGCCUGAAGCUGGACUGUCCAACCUACUUCGGCACGGACGUGCUGGAUUCCGGAUGCGUGGAGUGGGAGACCGUACCCCCGAACUUCGUGCCUUCGCCGCCCAUGUGCUGCCCCACGGAGGUCAGGUGCAAGAACAACGGUUCCUGCGAACACAAGGGGGAGAUGUACCAGAACUGGCAACACCUGCCGACGAACGUCACUGGUUGCGAGAAGCAGUGCUACUGUGAGAUGGGAAAGAUAGAGUGUCAGAACGUGUGUCCGCCUAUGACCGCUCUGCCAGGGCCGGACCUGCCCUGUCCGCCGCAUAUGGCCACUGUGGGGCAUCUGCCGAACGAUGAUUGCUGCAUGCAGUGGGUUUGCAAGUCCGGAUCUGAAGGAGUACAAAACAAGACGAACUCCACGGACCACAAGACCCCUCAAGGCAUCCUAGCACCUUUCGGUCUCAACCCCACCAAACCUCCCUCCAAAACGCUCGGACCCCUCCUCUCCUACGCUAACCCCACCCAUCCCAAUGACACCCGGUACGAUUCCUCGCCAAAGGACAACCCCUUCGUCCACACCCCUCCAAAUCACGAUAAAGACCCGAUAACGAACCUGGUAGGCACGGAAACACCCGAAGGUGCAAACCGAGCGACGAAGCCAUCCGAAUCCAUACUGGUCACGCCCCUUCCUCCUACCAGUACCCUUCCUACGGAAAACGACAACCUGAAUCUCGUCGAGGAAAAGACACCAACGAAACCACACGGUUUGGUGCCGCAGCAGAUACACAUAGUAGGCAAGGGGGACGCUGAAGACAUACUGAGCUUCAUCAACAACCACCCGGAACUCACCAACUACCCCAGCGGUUCGGUCCUAGAGAUUCACAAAGUUUCCCCUAAAAAUCCCUUGGAAAACCAGAUCUUCGUCAAUCCUCAACGUCCCAACGGUCCUCCGGUCCCUUACCAACAUUUCCUGCACCAGAUGGCGCAGCAGGGGCCGUUGAACAUGGCCCUGCCGCCUGGUAUAACCCUUGAACAGAUCCUUGAGGAAUUGCACAAGAAUGGACAGUUGUCCGAAGGUGGCGCUUCGGUUGUGACGCUACCCCAUGUCCAGGGGAGACCACAGAUGGUUGCUACGCAACACGCUGGACUUAACAGACCUAACGGCACGUUUACAGGACACCCCUUCCCAGGCUUCCCCAACAACUUCCAAAACCACGACGACAUCCAAGUCCACACCCUGGAAGCUGUAGACGCUCACACCAUCAGACUGGCCUUCCUAGUCCCUCCAGUCAUCGUAGGUCUUCACGGAAGAGUAGAAGUCCGUUACACCGACAAAAGAGACGCUCACUUGGACAACUGGGAGCUCCAGGUGUUCGCCCCUCCCAACGACCUCAUAGCCACGCCCCAACUGGAGUUCGACCUCCUAGGUCUCAAGGCCAACACCGAAUACAAGAUACAGAUCACCAUCACUCUUCGUGACCUUCACAAUACCCCAACCAGCCAAGUGUACCGGAUAAGGACUCCACCAGAGUUGGCUUCCUCCACCUUGCCUCCAAUGAUACCCAUAGACCCUGAGUUGAACAUUGCAGAGGUCAAUUCCACCUGGGUGACAGCCGCUUGGCGAAAAUUCACAGAGUACGAGCUCCAGUUCAUAGACGGCAUCCAGUUGAGGUUCAAGGAAAUCGAUGGGCGGAUCUACGCGGCCACGCCUUUGAUCCACAGAGCGGUGUCAAGCUAUACCAUAGAGAACUUGAAGCCCAACACCAAGUAUGAGAUAGGGAUCUACUUCAUACCGUUCCCUGGAGAGACUACGGAGCUACAUGCGGAGCGCAUGGCUCAUUUCACCACUGCUAACGAAGUGGACAACUAUGGCUUCAAUGUCACCUUGGAGAUAGGUCACGUGAAGUCCACAAGCGUGGAGAUCAGCUGGUUUGGUGUGCCGUAUCCGGAAGAUAAGUACGUCAACAUCUACAGGGCGAUCUAUCAGAGUGAUUCCGGCAAGGAGGACCAGAGCACUUUCAAGAUAGCCAAGAGGGAUUCGCCUACGAAAACGGUGAUUUUGGACUUGAAGCCUGGUACGAGGUACAGGCUGUGGUUGGAGGUUUAUCUGACUAACGGAAAGAUAAAGACGAGCAACGUGCAAGACUUUCUGACCAAGCCGAGGGCUGCUCCGGUUUUGGGGUCGGCGUCUAGAGACAAAUUGUCGAGUGAGGAAGAGUUAGAAAGUAAGGGUGAUUAUUAUGCCCCUCUAGUCAUAGUUGCGAUACUUGCAGCAAUAGCCAUAAUGAGUACGUUAGUUCUUCUACUGGUGUUGCUGAGGAGGCACAAUCAGAACAAGGCUGCCAUCACACCUCCAAGCAGAAUAAGCCAAUCUGCAUAUGACAAUCCGACGUACAAAGUUGAGAUCCAACAAGAGACUAUGGGUUUAUGAAUCUGCGGAUUUCCUCAAAGAUGUAAAUAAUGAAUUUAAGUUCUAUUUAUUAAGUGAAAAGAUGAAUAUGUUAUAUAUAAGGAGUUACAGUAUUUUGAUAUGUAAAAUAGAGAAAUAUAUUAUAUUUAUUAUUUUA